AUGGCGGCGGCGGCUGUGCCGGAGGCCUGGCCGGAGCUGGAGCUGGCGGAGCGGGAGAAGCGGCGGGAGCUGCUGCUAACGGGGCCGGGCCUGGAGGAGCGGGUGCGGGCAGCGGGCGGCCGGCUGCCCCCGCGGCUCUUCACGCUGCCGCUUCUGAACUACCUGGAGGUGAGCGGCUGCGGCAGCCUGCGCGAGCCGGGCCCGGGGCUGGCGCAGGGCCUCCCGCAGCUGCACAGCCUCGUGCUGCGGCGCAACGCGCUCGGACCCGCCCUGAGCCCCGAGCUCGGGCCGCUGCCCGCUCUGCGGGUGCUGGACCUCUCGGGCAACGCGCUGGAGGCGCUGCCCCCGGGCCAGGGCCUGGGCCCCGCCGAGCCGCCCGGCCUCCCGCAGCUGCAGAGUCUCAACCUCAGCGGCAACCGGCUGCGCGAGCUGCCCGCGGAUCUGGCGCGCUGCGCCCCGCGCCUGCAGACCCUCAACCUCACCGGCAACCGUCUGGACUCUCUUCCCGCCACGCUCUUCCAGCCCGGCGCGCUGCCCCUGCUCAGCGAACUGGCCGCUGCAGACAACUGCCUCCGAGAGCUCAGCCCUGACAUCGCCCACCUGGCCUCCCUCAAGACAUUGGACCUCUCCAAUAAUCAGCUGAGUGAGAUCCCCGCCACGCUGGCUGACUGCCCGAAGCUCAAGGAGAUCCACUUCGAGGGGAACAAGCUGACGGACAAGCGCCUGGAGAAGAUGGUGCACGGCUGUCAGACCAAGUCCAUCCUGGAGUACCUGCGGGUCGGAGGCCGGGGUUGUGGGAAGGGCCGGGCCAAGGCUGAGGGCUCCCAGAAGGAGGACAGCAGGAAGAAGAAGAGGGAGAAGAAGCAGAAGAAGGAGGGCAGCGAGGGGGAGGAGAAAGACCUGGAGGCUGCGCACAGGCUGCUGGUCAAGGUCCUGCACAUCUCCGAGAACCCUGCACCCCUGGUGGUGAGCGUGCACCCCGAGGUCAGGGACGUGCGGCCCUUCAUCGUGGGCGCUGUCGUCAGGGGCAUGGACCUGAACACUGGAAACUCACUCAAGCGCUUUCUCACUGCCCAGACGAAGCUCCACGAGGACCUUUGCGAGAAGAGGACAGCGGCAACCAUCGCCACCCAUGACCUCAAGGCCAUCCGGGGGCCCCUGCAGUAUGGAGCCCGGCCACCACAGGACCUCAAGAUUGUCCCCUUGGGCCGACGAGAGGUCAAGGCCAAGGACCUGGUGCGGCAGCUGCAGCAGGAGGCUGAGGAGCAGAGGAAGCAGAAAAAGAGACAGAACAUCUCGGGCCUGCACAAAUACCUUCACUUACUGGAUGGGAAAGACAACUACCCGUGUCUCAUGGAUGCAGACGGCGACGUGAUCUCCUUCCCGCCCAUCACCAACAGCGAGAAGACGAAGAUUAAGAAAACCACUUCAGACUUGUUCUUGGAGGUCACGAGUGCGACGAGUCUGCAGAUCUGUAAAGACAUCAUGGACACCCUCAUUCUGAAAAUGGCAGAACUCAACAAAUACACGAUAGAAAAUAAAGAUGAAGACUCCAUCUCAGAGUCUGAAACCAAUGCUGCAUCUGGACAGUUUACGGAUCCAAACACUAACCAAAGUGCCGCAAAGGACGGGACGUCCCCGCUGAUAGUAGAACAGGUCCGGGUGGUGGACACAGAGGGGGCCUUGAAGGUGGUGUAUCCUUCAAAGACAGACCUGGACAUCGCUCCGUCCCUCCUCACUGUGAUCCGCUGA